UAAUAAGUGUGAGACAUUCCCAUUGGCUACACGGCUUAAUAUUGUGUGUGUGGGGCUCUCUCCAGAUGGAAGUCUUGCCAUACUAAUUGAUGAAGAGGGAGCUGCCUUGCUUGUCAGUUUGAUUGGUAAAUGUGUGAUACAUCGCUUUUAUUUUCACAAGCCAGUUCACAGUGUCAGCUUUUCCCCUGAUGGCAAGAAAUUUGUGAUUACAAAAGACAAUGUUGCUCUUAUGUACCAUGCUCCUGGGAGGAAACGAGAAUUUAAUGCGUUUGUUCUGGACAAAACUUACUAUGGUCCAUAUGAUGAAACAACUUGUAUCGACUGGACUGAUGAUUCCAAAUGUUUUGCAGUAGGGAGCAAGGACAUGUCUACAUGGGUGUUUGGAGCAGAACGAUGGGCAAACUUGAUCUACUACUCACUUGGAGGGCAUAAGGAUAUAAUAGUAGCCUGCUUUUUUGAAGAGAACAGUCUAGAUCUGUACACAAUUAGCCAGGAUGCAGCGCUCUGUGUGUGGCAGUGUGAUACAGAGCUUAGUGGUUUGAAGCCCAUGCCCCCUAAAGAUGCAGCAAGGGAAGAGGAUGCGGCAAAAGAUGAUGAAGAGUUUCUUGAAGAGCCAAAGGGUGAAGAAAUUCGUGGAAAAGCCAAUCCAAAUAAACAAGAGGCUAGGGAUAAGGUUAAAUAUUCACGUGUUGCAAAGUAUUUUUUCAAUAAAGAGGGAGAUUUUAAUAACCUGACAUCUGCAGCUUACCACAAGAAAACUCAUCUUUUGGUCACUGGUUUUGCUUCUGGAAUCUUUCACCUCCAUGAGCUUCCCGACUUCAAUCUGAUCCACUCCUUGAGUAUUUCAGACCAAAGGAUAGCUUCUAUUUCUAUCAACUGUACCGGUGACUGGAUUGCCUUUGGAUGUUCAGGUUUGGGUCAGCUCCUGGUGUGGGAAUGGCAAAGCGAGUCCUAUGUGCUGAAGCAGCAGGGGCAUUUCAACAGCAUGGUUUCAUUAGCAUAUUCUCCAGAUGGACAAUACAUAGUGACUGGAGGGGAGGAUGGAAAAGUGAAAGUGUGGAACACCUCAAGCAGCUUUUGUUUUGUGACUUUUACAGAACAUACCAGUGGUGUAACUGCUGUAACUUUUACUUCUAACGGUUAUGUCAUUUUGAGUGCUUCCCUAGAUGGAACUGUGCGUGCCUUUGACCUACACAGAUACCGCAAUUUCCGUACCUUUACAUCUCCACGACCAAGUCAGUUCUCUUGUUUAGCCGUGGACUCCAGUGGCGAGAUUGUGUCAGCUGGUUCCCAGGAUUCCUUUGAAAUAUUCAUCUGGUCAAUGCAGAAUGGGAGGCUGCUAGAUGUCUUAUCAGGUCAUGAGGGCCCCAUCAGCAGUUUGUCCUUUAACCCAAUGAAGUGUGUUCUAGCUAGUGCAUCUUGGGAUAAAACUGUCAAGUUAUGGGAUAUGUUAGACAGCUGGAGAACUAAGGAGACACUAAUAUUGAACUCAGAUGUUCUUGUUGUUGCUUUCCGUCCUGAUGGCAAGGAGCUUGCAGUCGCUGCUUUGAAUGGACAGAUAACAUUUUGGGAUCAUGAAAAUGCAGUGCAGACUGGUUCAAUUGAGGGAAGGCAUGAUCUUCAGAUGGGAAGGAAGGAGCUUGAUAAAAUAACUGCCAAACAAUCGGCUAAGGGAAAAUCUUUUACUACUCUGUGUUACUCAGCAGAUGGUCAGUCUAUUCUGGCAGGUGGAUUGUCAAAAUUUGUCUGUAUAUAUAAUAUCAAGGAGCAGAUUCUUAUGAAAAAAUUUGAGAUCUCAUGCAACUUUUCUUUAGAUGCAAUGGAGGAGUACCUAGAUCGGAGAAAAAUGACUGAAUUUGGCAGCAUGGCUCUGAUUGAUGAAGGAGGUGGAGGUGAAGAUGGUGUUGCUAUUCCUCUUCCUGGAGUAAAAAGAGGUGACAUGAGUUAUCGACACUUUAAACCAGAAAUAAGAGUGACUUGCCUGCAAUUUUCUCCCACAGGACGAAGCUGGGCAGCCACAACCACAGAGGGUCUUCUUAUCUAUUCAUUGGACUCUGGGCUAAUUUUUGAUCCUUUUGAUCUGGAUAUUGAUGUCACACCCAGCAAUAUACACAAAACAUUGCAUCAGAAGGAAUACACUAGGGCUAUCAUCAUGGCCUUCAAGCUGAAUGAGAAGAAAUUAAUUCAGGAAGUCAUAGAGGCUGUACCUAGCAAUGAAAUUGAUGUUGUCUGCUCAUCACUCCCAGACCUGUACGUGGAGAAAGUAUUGGAGUUCCUGGCCUCUGCAUUUGAGAUAUCGUGUCAUUUAGAGUUCUAUCUUAUUUGGGCUCAUAAGUUGCUUAUGCUACAUGGACAGAAACUGAAAACAAGGUCAGUGAAGCUGCUCCCUGUGAUUCAGUUCCUUCAGAAAAGCAUCCAACGCCAUUUUGAAGAUGUUUCCAAACUCUGUGAAUGGAAUAUCUACAAUAUUAAAUAUGCUUUGGCCAUCUCACAACAGCGGGGCAUGAAACGUCUGGCAGAAGAAGCAUCAGUAGAUGAAGACUUGGAUUCUGACAGUGAUUAUCUUAUGCAAGAAGUUCAUAAAGACUAGAUACUCUUCGUGGGAGGGAGAAAACCUAAGACAAAGUAAUUCUAUGCGGUGGUAUUCACUGAGAAUUAGUGGCCCUCAUAGUGGCCUAUUUUAACUCUUUUUAACAGCGUGGAUGGAGUUACAUGUGAGUUACAGAAGUGGGGAAAAUGUAGGAUAGACAAAGUGCC